AAUACUAUUAUAAUAGUACCUAUAAUAUAAUAAUAAUAAUAGUAAAAUACACUCGAACGCCGGACGCCGCGACGACAGGAACAAUAAUUAUUACAACAAUCAUGAUAAUGUGAUGGUAUAAUAAGUGUUAUUAUUACUAUUAGUGUAGUGACGGCAUACGGUUUAGUGCAAGUUCAGUGUCUAACGUGCGUUUUUCCGGUCGAUUCGUUUCGGCCAUAUAACAUAGGGACAGCUCAUUUCCGGUCCGCGAAACCGUAUACGAUCGUGUAAAACAUAUAACGCAUAACAGCAUUUCCACUACCGCGCGAGCACUAGCCAUCGUCGCCGUGGACGUCUGCUGGCGCACAGCUAACAUGUGAUCGCUCGUCGGACAUGAAAUAAUAAUAAAAACCAAAAUAUAACAAAUCCGCGUGCUUAGAUACGAUCGUAGAGAGAUAGUGUGUGUGCCUGUGUGUGUGUGUGUGUGUGUGUGUGUGUGGUGCCGGUUACGCGUACGGACACCUCGCCAAGCGCUGGUAACACGUAACGAAGACAUAAUAAUUAUAAUUAUUAAACUCUCACUGAAGCCGUCGAUUCCACGACGCAAUGCACGACAGAUUGGGCUUUAUAGUCGCCGUCGUAUCGUGUUAUCUGGUUCAAGCCAGCCUUUGCAAUCGUGACCUAUUUCCGGAGGGCGUUCAGCUUGGCUACAGAUGGAGAGCGACGACACACGUGGGAACUGUGUUCCCUUCGGAACACUUGACCAAUUAUUCGAUAGAAGCGUACUUUUUAGUCCAAAACGAUCAAAAUUUCACAUACUUUCAAAUUAAGGAAUUCAAAACGAGCGAGAACCAACAAGAAUACCCGUGGAUAACGCUACCGUUCCGAUGCGUCUACAGAGAUGGCGAAGUACAAAAGUUCGAGAGCGAAAGCGGCGACGUAGCGGGAUCAUUGAACAUAAAAAGAGCAUUGGCUACUAUGUUUCAGCUGAAAUUGGAUUCCCUGCGGCGCCCGUCGUUUGCCUCGCAAGAGAAUGGAGUCUUUGGAAAAUGCAACGUUCAGUAUCUUGUGACUAAAGAAAAUAACAAUACAAAUGUAAAGAAAAUAAUCAACUUUUCAGCUUGCAAUAAUAAACUUGGACAACAGUGGAGCAAUACGCCACCGUUCACAUGUCCAUCGAGCUAUCAAGACGGGAGUAUGAGUCACAGUGUUCGAACUUAUAUUCUAGACGAUAUCAAUGUGAUAAGGUAUUUGAAUAUUAUCGGUACAGUAGAGUUCCAACCAUUCCAAGCAUUAGCAGAAUCUCAUCAUAUCUUUGUAAACCAAACAUUUGAACUGGAUCACAUUUUUCCUAUCGGCGAACCCAUCACGUUGUUAUCGAAAGUGGACGACUCAAUCGAAUAUGAUUUUGAGCACUAUGAAGAUCCUACAAUGGGUUUUAAACCGUCCAAUAAGUCUCUUCUUUUGUCAGAAAUACUUGAUACACUUGGUCAACUUACAGAAAGUUUAAGCUGGGAAAUUGGUACAACUAACCUAGACAACCAGACUGAAUUUAGAGCUUUAGAACUAAUGUGGUGGUUAGACACAUCCGAUUGGAUGACAUUAUACGAUACCAUAAAAAUUGGAACCAGUUACUCACAAGAAACCAUACAACACUUCUUUUGGGAUUUAGUACCUCAAGUUGGAUCAGCUUCGUCAGUUGAAUUUAUUCGUGAAUUAAUUAAGACACAAAAAAUAACGAGCUUUUUAGCAACAGGAUUGUUAAUUACGUUUCCGUACCAUGUUAGGUAUCCAAACGAAAAGCUCUUAAAAGAAUCCGAAAUAUUAUUGUAUCUUGAUAGAGAUCUAGAAAACGAAGUGAGAAAAGUAGCAAUUUUGAGCUUUGCUUCGUUGAUACAUAAAACGUGUGGUAAAGGAAUGUGCUCAGACGAUACACAGAACAAGUACAUCAAAUUAUUCUUAGACAAAUUUAUAGAAUCCACUUCUCACAGUCGACAAAUGCUGUUCAUCGAAGCGUUCAGUAACAUGAAAAUUAACAAUAUACUGGACUUUUUACAACCAAUUAUUACAGAUCACAACCGUUCUAGACACAUCCGAUUAGUCGCUAUUUGGGCUUCGAAAUCAGCUACGUCUGCACAUCCGGAUAAGGUCGCUGAAGUUUUUUGGCCAAUAUUGACAAACCACUCUGAACCGUUGGAAAUCCGAACAUCCGCGCUAAACAUGCUCAUGAUGUCCCAGCCGACAGUGUCACGGUUUUUGACACUCUACUGGUUCAUGCAAGCCGAACCGAGCCAACAGAUUUAUAACUUUUACUACACAACAAUCAACUCGAUGGCCAAUUCCAAAUAUCCUUGCUACGACAAAUACAAAAUAGCCGCGCAAAUCGUAAGGUUCGUGCAACACAAAUGGCAUCACUGGGCAACUGGUAACUACUUGUUAGACUACGAGGACCCAAUGAGAGGGUACGGUGGAAUCGUCCAGACCAUCCUGAUGGCCAAUCAGCGUACCGGGUUUCCGUCCGUGCUCCAGUUAACGGCUGAACAACACUCGUUCGGCACGUCGUCUGAAUUUCAGAUUCACAUAAAAGCCGAAGGGCUAGCCGACAGCUUGAAGAAAGAACUGUUCAAUACUAUGGUAAAACCAUCCGGUGAAACAACCGACUCGUUCAAGCACCUGCAAGACGUGCUCGAAAAAGCCAAGUUCGCCAUUCGAGAAGACGAAAACCUUCAUUUCGAGACAAUAAUCAAAAUCAAUGAACAGACCAUCUACUGUCAUCACUUAAAUCGGACCACGUUUAAGAGCUUCGCCCUCGUAUUGAAGAGGCUGAGUUCGUUGUAUUUCCAGUUCAGUUUAAACUACCAACGUUUAUCAUUUCCAUUACGUUUCCAGCGGACGUAUUUCACCGAUUUUGGAACGCCAAUACUACUACAGUUUAGGACGGCCUCGUUGCUGUCGUUGCGAGGCAGCAUCAAGCAGACUGAGAGCGGCAAGUCAAGGGACGCCGAACUAGACUUCCGAUACUCCAUGGACACCGUUACCAGUCUGAAAACUUUUAACCCGUUGAGCAGCACUUGGCGGGGUGCUGACCGUUUCCGUUGCAUCCACGCAAGAAUACCGUUUUCUACCGAGAUAAUAACACACUUUUUUAGAUCUUACAUAAAAGCGUCAGCCUACAGGUACAAGAAUUUCGUGGACGGGUCGAAACUGGGGAUCGUAUGGCAUUCUGCGACCAAACUGGUUCCGCCGGAAAACACGUUGCCGGUCGUCAAGAAAGAUGAAUUGCUCACCGAUGAUUGGGCUUUUGAGUCUAGAGAUUUGGGUGCGAAAAUUGCCACUACUGUAUUUGACUGCCAAGAUGAGGGAAAGUUUUCGAAUUCAUUGAUUAUUAUCAAAGAAGCAUUUCAGAUUAGUAAUAAAAACUAUCAGGCCAUACCCGGUGGCGUUGCUUUCCUGGGCAUAUAUUCACUCGCCAACUAUUUCACGUUCAUUCCUCCAGAAGACAGUUGUGGUUUGAUAUUGUCCUUGUCACCGUUACAGGUGGUGCCCGUGUUCGUGCAAGAGGGCAAUACCGUGCACGUCACGAUGAACCACUAUGACCAGACGCUGUGGGGCCUGAUCGCGCACUACGCACGCAUCGCAGACGGCAACCAAGAAAUAUCGUUUAAGCUGAGCCACUCGAACCGCGAGCGGAACAUCACCAUCACCAACGGGUACUGGCGGCUGCUGCGGUUCGAAGGGUCGUUCAUACUGCCGUCCCGCAAGUCCGGCGCCCUGCACCCGCCUCCGCCGCUGCACGGCCAGGCAACCGUUUCGUGGGGCUACCACGACUCGGCCACCACCAUGCUCGUGUCCAUCAAACCGGAGAACGCUCACGAGAAAUGGCCGGAACAGUGCGUCAUCGAUUCGCCCACGUGUCUGCAGAUCGCCAGCGACAUAUCAACCAGUCAAAUCAUAUCGCUGCAAUUCGUCAAUCUACCAAGUUGGAUGAUAAUUACAAUGCAUUCAUUGUUUUCGGAUUUCGUGAUGGAUGAAGGUAAUAUGACUACUGUCAAAUUUACAUUUCCAACUAAACUUCCUUGGACCACUCGUGGUAUCUGCGCAGUUAAUUCUGAAACAGCAUUGAGUUUGGAUAAUUCAACAACACAUAAUUUCAAGUUAGAUCAAGAUUGCUACACGAUAGCAUUAGCAGACUGUUCUUCAUCAUCUCGUUUUAUAGUAGGAAUUAAAAUGAUAACUAUUAAUUCAACUUUGAGUGUGCGAAUAUUAACACAGAACAGUGUAAUGGACAUGGUUCAAGAAAAUUCAGAUAUAAAAGUGUAUAUUAAUGGAACAGAAAUUGAAGUAACUGAAAAUGGAGUUCAAUACCCGCCAAAAAAUAAAGAUGAUAUUUUUAUUUAUAGAGCAAAAAAAUGGGAUGAAGAAAUGACUGAUCUUGAGAUUAAUUCUGGAAUAACAGUUCAACAUUAUGGUCAUACGGUCAUUAUGUUAGUUGAAAGUAAAUUGCGGGGACUUACAUGCGGCCUUUGUGGAAAUUUCAACAGUGAAAACAGUGAUGAAUUAAAUGAAACACCAAAAUGUGUACAAUUGUAA